AUGGCGCCCUUUUCACCUGCUCGCGCAUCUACAAGCCACUCUAUCUCCCCAGGCGCCUCGUCAGACAAGGAGAAUCAUCAGAACUCCACCCGCGUUUCGAAAAGAAACCAACAGACGGCCAUGUCUUCUUCCGCCAGUACAAAACGGCAGCGUCUCGCCCGUCGUACAUCGAAUCUUCCAAAUGGCAGCCAGUCCCGAAUGCCCUUAACCCAGCAGGACCGUGAUCGACAAUACUAUGAUCCUGAUCAGGAUGAAAGGGAAAGACGACGGGUUCGGAAGGGUUUAAGAGAUCUCACCCGCGAACUGAAUGAUUCUAAAACCGAAUUUUUGCAAGCUGGGAAUCAUGGACUUCGCAAUACGAUCGAAAAAGCGAACGAGUACUUCCAAAACGUCAAACAAACGUCGGACGCUACGAUCGACUCCCGUCUUCUGGUCAAUGCAGCGGACCUUUCAUACAAAAAAGCGACACAGCUAGGCCUGGGCGACAAUACUGCGCGCAUCGAUGUGGACGAGUUCGUAUCCAAGUGCAUAUCGUUUAUGCGACGCGCGCCGGGCGAUUCACAGGCGGUACCCAGUAGCACGCAACGUCGUCGUGGGCUAGGGAGAAGCCAAGGUCAUCCGGAUGAUAGUGACGAUGAUCAGGGCGACGGACUGAAUUGGAACUGGCUAGGACAUACGGCCUGUUACCGCCACAAUGCCCGUCCGUCCGUCUCUGGCUUUCUACUGGGUCCGUUGUCGGUGCAAAAGCGAACUCGGCAGAUCACCCAGCGACGAGCUAGGGAACGUAUCGACCCGUCGCAAGCCGUGCGACCACAAGAACUCCAGGAAGGAGACCUUGACAAACAGGAAACGUCCAACCUUACUGCGAUGUGCGCUCAUAUCAACAAACUCCUCGCCAAAACGCAGGCCCAGGGACAGGAUAUUGUCGAACAGCAACUAUCGGCGCUCGAAGAGGAGCCUACAGACGAGAUGAUACAGGAAGUAAUGGCCCGACAUAAUGUCGCGGAUGACGGUGGUGUGCCGUUGUUCCAUUUUUGUAUCAACCCAAGGUCCUUUGGCCAGAGCGUGGAAAAUUUGUUCUAUGUCAGCUUUUUGGUCCGUGAUGGGACUGUGGGUAUCUCUGUGGAUAGUCGACAGCUCCCAACUCUACAUGCCUCAAAGCCGUACGCGCCAAGCGAAGCGCAGAAGAAGGGCAUCCAAAAGCACCAAUCCGUGUUUAGCCUCGACUUUGAAACAUGGAGAGACCUGAUUGAGGUGUAUGGUAUCAAAGAGUCUAUUAUAGAACACCGCAAUGAGCAGGAGGAGCAAGAGACCACCGCCCGGGGAUGGUACAGUUAG